AUGGUUAGGAAUAUAGUAAUUCUCGGGGGCAAUUCCCACCCCCAGCUUGUAGACAGGGUCUGCAAUAUGCUAGGUGUGCCCUCCUGCGAUCGGAUUCUUUCCAGCUUCUCGGUGGGAGAAAGCAGGUGCGAGAUCAAGGAUUCGGUUCGAGGAAAGGAUGUCUACAUCAUUCAGUCUGGUGGAGGCAAGGUCAAUGAUCAUUUCAUGGACCUUUGUAUCAUGAUCUCAGCUUGCAAGACUGGGUCGGCGAAGAGGGUUACAGCCGUUCUGCCCCUGUUCCCAUAUUCACGACAACCUGACCUUCCAUAUAAUAAAGUUGGCGCCCCGCUAUCAAAGCAGCCCACCAACCCGAACAAGAGCACGUAUACCUUCGAAAGUGUCCCACCAACUCCUGGCCCAGGAGGUCCCAGGAGUGCUGGCUUCGUGAACGGCAACGGCCUCAACGGCAACGGCAUCGAUGUACUCAGCAAGAAGCUCAGCAAGGCCCGUGUUGCAGACAGCUCCGUCAAUGGGGACUCCCCAACGAAGACCACGAAUGGGGACGGGCAACUGAAACGCAGUGAUUCAACUCGCACCUUCACUACUCACGACUACGAAAACCACUCCUUACUCAACACCUUCCAAGCCAAGCCCGGAUACAAGCAAUGGGUAGCUCAGGCGGGAACGCUGGUCGCCGACUUAUUGACGUGCUCCGGGGCUGAUCACAUCAUUACGCUUGAUUUGCACGACGCGCAGUAUCAGGGAUUCUUCGACAUUCCGGUUGACAACCUCUACGGCCGUCCUCUGUUGAAACGAUACAUCCAACAAAACAUUCCAAGCUUCAGGGAAGCAGUGGUUGUCAGUCCUGAUGCUGGUGGAGCUAAGAGAGCAACUGCAAUUGCCGACAGCUUAAACAUGGAUUUCGCAUUGAUUCACAAGGAACGCCGUCCAACGAAAAUCAUGGAUCGACAAAAUGCCACCAUGAUGCUUGUGGGUGAUGUGGCGAAUCGGGUCUGCGUCUUGGUGGACGACCUAGCAGAUACUUCGAAUACGAUUACUCGAGCUGCGAAGCUCUUAAAGAAGGAGGGCGCAACGAUGGUGUAUGCCCUCCUCACCCACGGUGUCCUCAGCGGAGAUGCCAUUGCCCGCAUCAAUGCGUCAGCCAUUGACAAGCUUGUGGUGACGAAUUCGGUGCCUCAAGAGGAACACAGGCGUCUUUGCCCUAAGAUGGACGUAUUGGAUAUAUCCCCAGCUUUUGCGGAAGCUAUACGUCGUGUCCAUCAUGGCGAGUCUAUCAGCACACUGUUUCAGUAUGACUAA